GGGGUGGAGCCGCCCGGGCGGGUGGCAGGGCCAGGCCGCGGGCCCCACGCCGGCCCCGCGGGCAGCCCUCCUCCCAAAGCGCUGCCAGCCCCCCAGCCCGCUCCCUCGAGCCCGGCUGACCCGCUCCUUCGCGCCCCCCGCAAGGCAAGGCCGAGCAUGGCGAGCGGCGACGGCCCCGGGGCCCGCCGGGGGAAUCUGGCCCUGCUGAGGCACAAGCUGUACAGGGGGGAGAGGAGGAGGACGGAGCCCGUGGUGGAGAGCACCGCCGGCGGGGACCACGGCACCUUGCGGAGGAGUCAGUCGGACAGGACGGAGUACAGCCAGAAAUUGCAAGAAAAAAUGGCCCCACCGGCUGGGUGCUUAUCCUCUGCCACCUCACCCCAGGAGAACGAAGAACAAAUCACCAGACAGAUGAUGGCCAAGAGAGUGAAAAUCAUUGCAGAACUGAUACAGACAGAGAAAGGCUAUAUCAAUGACCUGGAUCUCUGCAUCAGGGAAGUGAUUCAGCCUCUGAGAAACAAGCAGAUUGUUCGCUUUGACGUCGAUGGCUUGUUUAGCAACAUUGAAUCGGUCUAUCAAAUAUCAGCCAAACUGCUGUCAUUGUUGGAAGAAGCCACGGCAGAUGUGGAGCCACCCAUGCAAGUAAUCGGGGAAGUGUUCUUGCAGAUUAAAGGCCCACUAGAAGACACAUAUAAAAUCUACUGCUAUCGCCACGAUGAUGCACACACCAUGCUGGAAUCCUAUGAAAAGGAUGAAGAACUGAAGCAGCAUUUAAGACACUGUGUACAGUCCUUAAAAAAGAUAUACGAGGAAGAAGGAAAGCCAAAUCUAAUGGACAUGGGAUCCCUGAUGAUCAAACCAGUACAACGGGUGAUGAAAUAUCCCCUGUUACUCUGUGAACUCUUGAAUUCAACUCCUGCUUCUCAUCCUGACCACAAGGCACUACAAGAUGCCCUUUUUGCUAUGAAAAACAUUAAUGUGAACAUUAAUGAACUUAAAAGGAGGAAAGACUUAGUACUGAAAUAUAAGAGAAACGAUGAUGACGAAUCCCUUAAAGAAAAGUUCUCCCGACUGAAUAUUCACUCCAUUAGCAAGAAAUCCAAGAGGGUCACCAGCCAUCUGAAAAUACUGACGGGGGGAGAACCUCAGGUGAAAGAUCAGACUUUUAAUAAGGAGGAAAAGCUGUUUCGAAGUUUAGAAAAGACUGUGAAAUUGUGCGUGAAGAACAUUUCAUUCUGCUCGCAACAUCUAGAGGAUUCCAUACAUCUGGCUGCACAGAAUAUAAUUGGGCUUCAAGAAAUUUUGCAAGAUAAAGAAGAUGAAGUAACUGACAGUUCAAAUAAACUGAACAACACUGGAAAUCUCUGUGGAGGCCUUAUGGCUCAAUUGAACAAGCUCAUUUUGGCUCCCCUCUUAGCACUACAAGCCUUGUUUCCAGGCCCACAGAAGCUCAUCCAGAAGCGCUACGACAAGUUGUUGGACUAUAACAGCUACCUUCAGAGGUCAACAGGAGAAGAGCUGGACCUGGCAAAGAAAGACUAUGAGGCUCUAAAUGCACAGCUAGUGGAAGAACUUCAGAUAUUCAACCGAGCAGCAAAGAAGAUUGUGUUGAACUGCCUGCAUUGCUUCAUUACACUCCUCAGGAACAUUAUGUGUGCAGCACUUCAAUCAAAUUCUGCUGUCGUGGUGCCUGUUCCACUGUCUUCCUCAAGCAUCUGUGAAGUGCAGAAUCAGUUGAUGGAGGAGGUUCACAAGCUGAAUUUUGUAAAAGAAAACAGCAGUGCAACCUUUAUUGAGAGAAAAUUGAGCUUGGAAAAAAAGAAGCCUGUCCCAACUCUGCUCGAAACCCCACAUCAAACAGAAGAUCACAGGUCCAAGCUGUUGUCUAUGUACAGUGCAGAACUGCUGUAUCAAGCUAAGCGCAAAUGCAAUGCCACACAGGAAUUCGAUAUUGAUUUACAUGAAGGAGAACUGGUGGCUGUUGUGGAGCAAAAGGACCCCUUCGGAAGUACAAGCAGAUGGCUUGUUGACACAGGAAUCCUUAAAGGGUAUGUGUAUUCCUCCUUCCUGAAGCCUUACAAUCCGGCCAAGGUGCAGAAGGACAUAGCGGAAAACAGUUUCUGUGAUGAUGAUUUUGAUAAUAUCAGCCUCUUUGUCUCUUCACGGCCCAACACUGACAGCAGCAUAAGAAGUCCAGGACACAGUAAGAGUGACAGCAACUCAUCUCCUAUUAACUUCUGCAAAAAUCCUACAAUUAAUGGGAAAGAGAGUGAUGGUAUUCAGGAUAUGGAUGAUCAGCAUACAUUCUAUGCUGUUUAUGCAUUUCAAGCAAGAAAUGAUCAGGAACUCAGUCUUCAAGAGUACCAGAGGGUUAGGAUACUUCGUUUUUCUGACCUGAGUGGCAAUAAAGAAUGGUGGCUAGCAGAAGCCAAAGGUCAGAAAGGAUAUGUACCAUCUAACUACCUUGGGAAGAUGACAUAUGCUUAGGAACAGUAAGGUCCAUUGAGCCAGUUUCUCUGAAGUGGACAGAAUAAUAAUCUGUUAUGGUUUGCAGCAAGCAAGGCAAACUCACAAGUGACUGACAGAAGCCAUGACAUCAGGUACAGCACACAGAUGAUAUUUAAAACUUCCGUUCUCUGAAAGCCAUCACCUUGUCAAGACCUGAGAGAGAAAACAUUUAACAGGAAGACUAAUUCUGAUUAAUAUCCUGAAGAGCUUGCUUUUUCAUUACCCCAUAAUUUUCUCUUUUGUCAAACAGUGCCCUACAUCAAAAGUCAACCUACAAAUACAAAUCACAUUAAAUUUAUGUUUUUCUUCCAUGAUAUUUAGCAAAUAAUAUUCAAGAUGCAGAAAAUUAACCUUGAAAAAGGACAAAUUCUGUCUUCAGGGAUUCUGCAGUUCAGAUUGAAUUGUUCCUGAACUUCUAUCUUGGUCAACACGGACCCUUCUCAAAACUUGAGCUUUUGGAUGUCUGUUUUUAUCUUCAGCCACUUUUGUAAUGAACCUUUUUCUAUAGACUUGGAAAAGAAAACAGGCUUCAUUUUUGUAAGGAACAUUUCACACGUUAUAACUUAAAACAUACAGAACACGUUGGUACCCGUGGCUGGUCUCAGGGAAGAAGGUAUGUUUAGUUAAAUAUGGAAAUGUGUGUGUGUGUGUGUGGGGGGGGGUCCACAACAGAAAAUAAGUACUGUGAAAAGUUACAAUAUUCAAAAAUAUUACACAACUAUUUCAUAUCAUAGGAAACAGUUUGUAGCAAUAUGAAUGUGCAUCAGAAUUGAAAAACAUCUCCACACUAACUGCUUUAUAUUGCAGGAUCUGCAUACCGAAACAGAACUUGUGUUAUUUAGGCUUGGGAAACCUAUGCUUUAAAAAAAUAAGUCAAGCAGUGCUAUUCCAUGAAUAUUUACUGCCUAUCUGAUUCCUUAGGUCAGAUAGAGAUCAUAAUGUCUAGUGAAUAAGCUGGGACUCAAGAUUUGUCAAGAUCACUCUUCCAGGCAAAAUCAUCAUUCUCAUUCCCAAAGUGCCUGACAUUAGAUUGAACAGUGAAGAAUGUAUUGAUGAGCUCAUUUACUGUUCAUUGGAUUCAGAGUCAAGGCCUGUAUUUUACUAAAGUACCUUCAAACGUGUUAGUGCUAUUUAAAGGAUUAAAAUAGUUCACACUGCAUCCUCAAUUAGCAUGGGAAGACAUAGAUGCCUGAGGAAGGAUGUGAUAUCAAGUACUAGUUUAGGUUCACUGACUACAGUGAUCUUUAGGACAGGCCAGCACCCCACAUUUAAGCUAGACUGAAUGGUGACCUAACAACAUAUUGUUGCUGUUGCCAUUGAUAACUAAUUUCAUCACAGUUGAUUUCGUUAGAGUAACACCUAGGACCUCUAAUGAUGAACGAGGACAUUAUUGUGCUAAACAGUGUAAAAGGGGGGGGGGGGGAAAGGCUAUGUUUGAAGUGGUUGGUGUAAAUGAAAUACAAGCCUCUGUCAGGUAUUUUCUGCAUAGCUGCAUAAUUCCUUAUUACUGACUGACCAUUAAAGUGACAACACUAUUAAAAUAGAUGUGUGUGGGGGGAAAGGUUGCUGAUCAAGGGUAUGCACUAAAGCUGUUGGCUGUUAAGUUUCUACCUCAUGUUGCUAAAGUGUGGGGUAUGAAGAUAAAAUGAUUGAAAUCCUUACUGAGAUGUAGUAAGAAUAACUUGCCAGCACAUAAGAGGAUGAGAGGAGUCAAGGAGCUGAUGCAAACAGAGUUUUUGCUACACUAAUGAAUCCAGUUUCAUUUUCUUUUGAGUGUCCCCUAUUUUCAUUUGAUUAUGCUAAAAAGGUAGGGAAUGUUCUUGAAUUUGCUCAGAUGAUGAAUGCAGUGGAUCAGAGAUGAAAUCCUGACAUUUGUGCUGGAUUAAAUCAUAUGAUAGAGAAGCUUUUAAAAUUCUCUGAGAUGGACAUCCAGAAAUUGGUGUGUGAAACUCUUAACUACUGCAGUCCAGUGAGCAGUAAUAAUAGAUACCACAGUGUUUUGUGCAACUGUACACAACCUUGUGCACUUAAAUCUUGCUGUUUCCCUGGCAAGCAAAAAAAGGUUCCCAUCCACUUUAUUAAUGACUUAAGUUGUUAUUACGGAAAACUUUGCCUCUAGGUUAAGUGAAGAAAAUAAAUCUUUGGGGUUGACGGGUAGGUAAAUCAGCUUGGAUGAAUGGACUGAAAGAUUAGAAUUGAUGCUACCCUACUACAGUUUGCACUACUUUGGUUUUUAUAUUUUAAUAUUAUGGGGAAGAUAACACAAGCAGCUUUCCAACAUGUCUUACAUUUCAGAAUAUUUUAUUCGGAUGCGACCCAUACUUUGUAUUAGUUGAAACAGUUUUGAAAUGACUGAAUUGAAUUUAAUAGGCUUAACACAGUCAUAGAAGCACAAUGACAAAGUUUUCUAUUUCAGAUACUGAAAUUAAGGGCAAGAGUCAGAAAAGAAAAAUCUGAAGUCUUAGUUCUCAGAGCUGAGCUUGAGUCAUAUAGAGGGCCCUGAUUUUGAAAGAGCGCUGUGUGCGUUCCCCAUGAAAAUUCAGGCUCUAUGAAGGUGUCUCAAAGCAUAUUCAAAUGCUGCUCUCCAAAAUACUCACUAGGUAUCCUGACGCAACAAAGAAUGAAGGAUGAAACAUAAGGGAGCUGGCCACCUAAAUUUCAUAGAAUUUCUGUGGAAUUUGCGAACUUCUAACAGGCUAUGUGAAACCCCAGUCUAUGCAUAAGACCCAUAAUAAUUUCUGUAUUUUGGGAAAAUUUAUAUGACUUGAUAUCUUCUUUCUUAUCCUGUGGGAUUCACAAAGAGUACUUUGUUAGGUUCAGGUGGAUUAAUCAUUUCAGAAAUUCAAAGUUUUAGCUGUUAUAAUUUGAUGAGAUUACAUAUAUAUUGCAAGCUUUUAUCUUUGUCUAAAACAUAUGAAUGAAAACUAGAAAUUUUGCAAAAAUGAAGGAAAGCUCUUGGAAUCUAAAGCCUGCCUACAUUAAGGAGAUUUACAAAAGUUCAGAUUAGACCUGCUCAGACACAUUAUUGUUGAGGUAGUGCUUUAAAUACUAGAAACUCAGCUCCAUUAGGACUCCAGAAAUUGGUAGAAACUAUGCAAUAUUUUUGCAACUGUUUCUUUAAUGUAGAGAAGAUUACAGUAUUCUGAGAAUUUUCUUUUUCCUAUUAAUGACAAAACUAAUUUAUUUUGAUUGAAGCAGGACAGGCUAUGGUUUAAUAGACUGAUCAUGCAUAUAUUCAAAUGUGCAUUUUACUAACUUGAACCAUUGUGACAGUAAGCAUUCAAAAAUAUUUCCAAGACUGGGUCCAUUUGAACUGAAGGGUUUCUUCCUUCAGGGGAUAUAUAUUUAGAGUGUUGCCAUUGAUUUCUGUGCAAUAACCUGGAGCCCAGUAAACAUCUAAGCCAAAGAACAGCACAGAGUCUCUGGCUCUGAUCUUUGGCAGCUCUGUGCUGCACCAUGUUCCCCCUGCUUGGAGGGUACUUGUGAGCCUUUACUAAGGAUUCACCUUUUCAGCACAGAUUUAAGAAUGGUUCCUUCUGGCAUUGCAUCUUAGGAGGCUUCACUGAGUAAUUACCUCAAAUACUAAAGAACCCCCUUGCUGUCAUUUUGAGAUAGCCUGUAAAAAUGCAAACAUGUGAAACAGACCUCAUACUUGCAAUUGCAAAUCCAGCCAUGACAACGCUGGUGCCUGUGAAUCUAUUACUGAUAAUUCCUCUUAUAAUAUUGUUUGUUCAGAAAUUGUGAAAAAUCUUCUUUUAAAUUAUUGUAAUAAUAAAAAAUCUAUUUUUAUAAA